UCUUGGAAAAUUUAAUCAAAAUCCUCACCAAUGAAGUGAAGCAGAUAAUCGAAGUUAAAAAUGAUGUACUCCUUACCGAACUUGAUAUGCUGACGACAAUGAUCAAUAUAGACACCAUCAAUAAGAUACUAGAAGAUAUCAAAGAUGCGAUACUGUUAUCCAAAAUGUCUGUUACAAACAGCAAAAUUUUGUCGCCACGUGAAUACGCCAUCAUCAAACGUCUUUUAGAAGACCAAGGAGUAGAAACAGAUAUCCCUGAAGAAGCUUUAACCUACGCGACACCCAAAAUAGCAGUCAGCAAAGAAAAACUGCUAUACAUACUCAAAGUUCCUCAGUUACAAGAAGUCGAAUCAAAAAUCAUUGAAAUAAUUGCGAUAAACCAUAAUAAUUCCGUAAUCAGACAUUAUCCAAGAUAUCUGCUACAACACAAAAAGAUACUCUACACAACAACGAAACCGGAAGAAUACGUUCAAAGGUACUCCUAUACAAUGGAAUUUAUCGACAAUUGCAUAUUCCCUCUAGUGAUGGGAAAAGAAAGUAAUUGUAUUGUAGUACAAGAUUACACAAUCACAGCCAAACUCAUAGCGGAUAAUCUCUUACUUAUCGAGAAUGCAAAUGGACAGCUAAUCAAAACCGAUUGUGGCCCAAAUGACAGAAUACUGAGAGGAAAUUUCCUACUUACAUUUUCUAACUGUACCAUUCAGUUCGAAAACCAAACAUUCACAUCAAAGGAAAUCCAUGUAAAGAACCCUUCAGUGUCAGGAACAACAUUCAACACCGCAAUUCAUCGAAAAAUCGUAGAAACUCCUUUGGCGUCCCUAGACAAUAGAACAUUAACGAAUCGCAAUCAUAUCGAACACAUUUACCUGCAACAGUACAAGAAUAUAACAUUGAAUUGGAGUCUGUUAAGCGGAAUCGGACUUAGCUUUGCAGUAUCUUUAAUUUUGAUCAUAAUUGCCUAUUGCUAUCUAAGUCACCUAGUAUCAGCAAUAGUAAAUCAAAUCGGUAAAAGAAAAUCCCGCUUACAGAACGAGCCACGCAACCAUCGCAGUGAAGCUACUCUCGUGGACAGAUUAGACGCAUGAGGACACGCUUUUUUCACCCCCCGGAGAAGUUAUGUGCCUAUGACAAGCGACCGUCAUACGACACCUAGAACAGUGCAACAUUUCCCACGGUUGUCGUCCAGACCGAACCAGACGACAACUCAGCAGUUCUGGACCCCGUACGCCAUCCGACACCAUCAUGCCACGCUGCACCAAACACCAUCGGUUAGGCACAACAAGUAGGAUUAGCUUAGAAUUCAAGUUUUAGUUUGUAUCGAGCAACUCAACUGUAAGCAACGAGUCGUCAUUAAUAAAAAGUUUUGUACUUUAAACUAAUGAACACGCGUCGCCUACAUAAUUAUAUAUCACAUUUAAAAAUUUUGCUAAAUUGCUGAAAAAUGAGGAAAAUUUUACAUUUUCUCAAACAGGGUAAGGAACUUGGUUCCUCGCAUAACUUCUGGCACAGACAUCUGAGGGCAUGGCCGUCCAAGAAGAAAAUGUAGCCAUUGGUGCCAUCUAUCGACCACAGGUUAAAGAUUGGCGAUCCGUUGGAUAUCGACCGAGUUACAGGCAAAACUUGGUGCAAAAAUGAGCUCAGGAGAUAGGUAAUUUUAUAGAUUUUUUGGUUAU